AUCACUUACAGACAGCAGUCUAAUCGAGGUUGUGCUGAAGAUGAUGAUCAUCACAGAUCAUCAUCUAGAGCACAACGGCAUUUAAAAAGUAACCAUUUUCAAAUAAAAUUGUUACUUUUUAAAACAAAAAACUACUUUUUGCAAUUUUAUUCAUUUUUGUCUCAAUAUUUUUUGUGUUCUGAAAUCAGCACCAUGGAAUUAUGCUUAAUUUUUCUCUCGUAUCUGACUUGUUUGAUUGUGAAUGGUGUGUUUGGUGAUGAAGUGAAGUCAGUGAUGGAGGGACAUUCUGUCACACUAAACACUGACGUCAUCAAACACAAAGAUGAUCUGAUCGUGUGGCGUUAUGGACCUGAAAACACACUUCUUGCAACAAUCAAUGGAAAGGCCAUUAACACCCAGUUAUAUGAUGGUGAUGAUGGGAGAUUCAGAGACAGACUGAAGCUGAAUGAUCGGACUGGAGAUCUGACCAUCAGUGACAUCAGAACCUCAGACUCUGGGCUCUACACACUGAAGAUCAGCAGCAAUAAUAGAGUCUCAUACAAGAGGUUCAAUGUUACCGUCAGUGGUGUGUUUACAGGUGAUGUGAAGUCAGUGUCAGUGAGGACAGGACAUUCUUUUAUUCUCUACACUCAUGUUCUUAAAGAGAGAGAUGAUGUGAUGGAGUGGAGAUUUGGAGCUGAAAACACACUUGUUGCAAAAAUCAAUGAAACGACUUUUACACCAUCUACUGAUGAGAGAUUCAGAGACAGAGUGAAGCGGGAUGAUCAGACCGGAGCUCUCAUGAUCAAUGACACCAGAUCUCAUCACUCUGGACUUUAUCAAUUGAGGAUCAACAGCAAUAAUAAAGUCUCAUAUAAGAAGUUUGAUGUUACUAUCCAUGUUCAUUCUCAUGUAGAUUCUCGUGUCCUGUGGGUCUGGGUAAUUCCAGUUGUACUUCUUCUGAUCUCUAUCUGUGUCUGUGUCUAUUUACACUGGGUCUGUGUACGCAAACCAAGAGUAGGUAAUUCAAACGCUCUGACAGAUGACGAAAGCAGCAUAAACUCCAGCACCACGCUUGAUACAGAAGCUUCAAGGUGUCUGAGGAGCAUGUGAUUGAUAAUUGUGCAGGGUAACUGAAAUUGCAUUAAAUCGGGUUUUUUAACCAAGAUUAAUUUGCAAGAUUUUUAUUCCACUACAUUUAAGUUCCCUGUUAUAAGGUUACCUGCAAUUUAGUAAAUUCCCUGUUUAUUCCCAUUAAUUCCCAUAUUUCCCUGUUAAUUAUUCCCGGAAUUUUGCAACCCUUGUCUUGAUAGAUCUGGUUAGAAACAUACAUUUAUUUUAUUUACUAACCCUUACUAAGUUUUAUGCAUUGUGACGACCUCUGCUGUUCGUUUUGGGAGUUGUUUGCGAGAAGCAGCUCCAAUUAGCGGUCAAUGAUGUGCAUCUGGUGUGGUCAUUCCUUUCGGGGAGGACUUUCAUUGGCAGUUUGGGCUUUUUGUUUUGUGUUGGAUGUUUUGCAAAUACAUUUUAUAGACAACAUCUUAUUACAUUCUCAGCCAUGCAUCUAACACUACACACUGACAUUACUGACUGCUUCAGAUAUACUGUAGAUUUUAUUUGAAUAUUGUUUUGCUUUGCAAUUUAAUGUUUAACUUUAAUCUUUUCUGUUAAUAAUAAAGUUUUGUUUUAAGCCUGAUA